AUGGCUAUAAAUGAGUUAAGUAAUAGCAAAAGUAUUUGUGUGUUGGGUGUAGUUAUAUGUUGUUUUGCAAUCCUUUGGCCUAAAAUAUUUCUACCGAUGCUUCAGUCGACACUAUCGAUGACCAGUUCCCAACCCAAUCAAAAAAAAGAUGAUAUGUUAAUACCUCCCCGAGUGAGGGAAGCCAUGAGAUUAUCAGAGACAUACCAAUAUCAACGUAUACCGGGACGGCCACAAUUUCAAAAAGAAAGUAAAAUGACAACAAGUGAUCAAAACAAUUACAAACAAUUUUCUGGAGGUCUCAUGGGUUUAGUUAUGCCUCUCUAUACCAUUGGUGUCAUUGUAUUCUUUGUCUAUACAAUAUUUAAAAUGCUUUUUAAAAACAAAUCAGAAGAAAAUGGUAAAACUAAUGAAAAUCCAAUUUACGAUAAUUAUAGAAAAGAUUUUGAAUAUAAAAAAUUUAUGUCAAAUGAUGAAAAUGAUAUCAGAGUUACAACUAAACAAAUGACUAAAAGAAAAGCAGAUUUUGAUAAUAAAACUGAAAGAAAUGCUUAUAAAAGAAACAAAAUUAUCACUAAUUUCGACAAAGAAAAAGGAAAAUAA